UCUUAGAGAAAAGGGGGAGUGAACGUCUGCUGCUUAUAGCAGGAAUUGUUCAGUGAUGCAUUUUAUAAUUUUAUAUAUAGAACUCUGCGAACGUGGCUGUACAUACAGAACAAAAUGUGUUGGAGAUCCGUUAAAUAUUUUAGAACUGUUUUCAUAAAGGGAAAUGCGGCUGCUGUGCAGGAAUGUGACAGCGGGCGGUUCUUUGUACACGAGUACUUUUGACAAGGGGUCCAGAACAUUUGAAAGUGGGGAAUCCUAUGUAAUGUCUGUUCACUUUGUAUGUUAUUCUGUUGGAUUUGUCGCACUGGCUUUAAGCUGGAAGUAUAAAGGACUGGUGACUUUAUUUUAAAAUUUGGGAUUAGGGAGCUCCAUGGAUUCACGCAAGGCAUGUAUUCAAUGGAAAUUGGUUUUGUGCUUGGAUUCCUGUUGAUUUUGAAGACCGUACUUGUGGGGAUACGGCCCCGCUGGCGGGCUAAGUGGAAUUUGGUUUUAGGUAGUUGUGGCGUGGGGGUGUUUUGUGGCGGAGUCUUUUAUCCUUAGCGGUGCUAAUGCAUGAAGCAGCUGCCGACUCUGGAGUCGGUCACACCGCCAGGGAAGCGCGCAGGAUGACUGGAUCCAGCACCAAGGUGAUGUUUAGCAAGCCUAACGGCACCACCCCCAGGAUCUCCAAACCUGGCCGUUCGAGGAGCGUGUGUAAGCUCCCUGGCAGCUCCGGUGGCGGUGGGGGUGCAGAGUCAGACAGCGCCGGCAGUAGCAUUGCAAAUGGCAGCACUGGACGCUCCUCCGGGGAGGAGGACGAGAAGGAUGGAGGGGUGCUGUUUUAUGUCAAUAAAAGUGGCUUUCCCCUUGACAGCCAGACAUGGGAGAGGAUGUGGACCCAUGUGGCCAAAAUUCAUCCCGAAGGUGGAGAAAUGGUAGACCGAAUACGAAAAGCUGCGCACCUUCCCCGGCCUCAUGUUCCAGCAGUUCCAACAUACAAGCCUUCCAUGUCUGUUCCAGAGUGGCUUCAAGCAGUACAGAAUUACAUGAAGGCACUGCAAUACAAUCAUACUGGAACUCAGUUCUUUGAAAUUCGUAAGACAAGACCUCUAAGUGGAUUAAUGGAUACAGCCAGAGAAAUGAUCCGUGAAUCUUUACCUAUCAAAUGCCUUGAAGCGGUCAUCUUGGGGAUAUACCUUAGUAAUGGUGUAACAUGCUUGGAACGUUUCGCAAUCAGCUUUAAAACUCAAUUCUCAGGGCAAUACUUUCACCAUGUGGUGCUUGGUGUUUUCUUCAGUGGUCGUUAUGGAUCACUAGGCAUGAGUAGAAGGUCAGAUCUCAUGGACAAGCCUUUGACCUUCCGAACUCUGAGUGAACUCAUAUUUGAUUUUGAGGACUCGUACAAAAAAUAUAUGCACUCUGUAAAGAAAGUGAAAAUAGGAUUAUAUGUGCCACAUGACCUACAUUGCUUUCAGCCAAUUGAAUGGAAGCAUUUGGUGCUUAAUGCAGGCAGGAUGACUCGGGAGGAGAUGAGGAAGGAAUUGGAGAAACAUGCCAGGGAUAUGAGAAUGAAGAUUUUGAAAUCCUCAAGUGCUCAGUCUCCAAUCAAAGAACGAACUAGAGGUAAAUCACUUUCUCCUCGACGAAGACCACUCAGUCCUCAGAGACGACUUCAUCGAAGAGACAAAUCACCUGCAGUUGUGGAUAAGAAACCAACAGAGCUAAGUACCUUGAAUGAUGGUGUUUACCAAAUCCGGAUCUGAAGAUCAUCUGUGAAGCCGUGCUGUGCACUUUACAAGUUCUGUAAUCACAUGACUGUUUGCAAGGAGAUGGAUGUAUUGCAAAAUGUGACAUUCCCUGUUUAGUAUGGCUUCUGCCUAAAACCUGCAGAUAAGUUUUCACAAGCAGGGGGCUUUAUAGUUUGACACAAAUAGGUGCUGGUUGAUGAUUCUGUCACUUUAGCCCAGCUGUAUGCAUGCUGUCGUAUGCUGCCUAGGGCGGCAUGAGAAUACGAAGACCUAUUUUAGGAUAUUUGCUUCAGCUGACAAAAGGCAAACCACUAAAUCAUUGCCCAACAUUUAUUUUGUCAUGCUACAAUGCCAACAACUGCAAAACAAUAAAUGAAUUUUUUAUACUGGGGAGGGAGGCUGCGCCUUCUGCAUCCCACUAAAUAUAGCCUAUUUUGGGUAUAUAAUGUUUACCACAACAUAGCUGACCAAAUGAGUGUUCACCAGCAUUUUAUUAUUUGAUUAAAUCUUCCCCAUACUUUUAAUGAAAUUGACUAUAUGUUUACGUAAUUAGUUUCUCUUGGAGUGCUGGUUACAUUUCCUUGGGAGAGUAUUUUAAGUUCAAAAUAUGUUUAUUUUCUCAUUUAGAGGAGCAUUGCAUGGAGAAGGGAAAUGAGCAAAUUUAAUAGACCGUUUUUUUUUUUAAAUCAUCUUUCAUUUUAAAAAUGGUCAGUAUUACUUUAUUAUACUAGCUUCAUAUCUAGUUACAUUUUUGUUUUGGCAUUUUUAAGAAGUGCCAUUGUAACAGACAUUACUAAGUGUGGUUUGUUUUAAACAAUGAUAAGGUCAGUUAUUGUGCAAACAUAAUGUUGCGAAUACUUUUUUAAAUAUGGAGCUAUUAAAAGGAAAAUUCAUAAAACAGUGUUUUUACAGAAGUGUAGGAAACGUUGCCUGUCUUCAUAUGCAAUAUAGCAUUCAGCAUUUCCAAGGCUGUUACUGCAGAAACAUAAAAUCCUUUAAAAGUAAUUAAAAAAUAAGGAUAUGUAAGUAAUGAUGUAACAUGUCUGUUUGGUACCAUCUUUAAGCACAGCUUAUGGUAAGAACAUGGCAGUCACAGAUUUAACAUUCUGAAGAGAACAAACAGUAGAGGCCAUUUGUGUGGAUUAUCUGUACCAUUUAUUUAUUUAUUUAUCUUUGGGUGGGAAAGAGCACAUUUGUUGCACAGCCCUGGGCGUUUGUGAAAAUUUCAGUAUGCCCAUUAUCUGUUGAUGAGUGGCUGUAGUCUGAAUGUAAAGAAUAUUUGUUCGUGGAUGAACAGCAACUGAUAUUUAAUGCUUUUAUUUGAAUAUAGUUGUUUAAUAACUAGCAAAUUCGUGUGUGUCCGAUGUGUUGAUUUUUCACUUAAGUACCGUUGAAUGGAGCUGUAGUAGGAGACUAUGACUGUGGACUUGGCUACUUGUAACAAGGAGUCCUUAACUGAAACAAAUAUUUGUAAAGUGUUUUGGUCGGUGUUAUACAGACAGUACACCUUUUUAAUGAAUAGUGAGAUGAUAUACAGGUUUGAACAACUUGUUAAUAAUUUAUAAAUACAAACAUUUCUUCACAUUUUUAACUGAACUUCUGCUGUUUGGAAUGCCCUGUUACCAGUGACGUAAUUUUUAGAACAUUUUUGGAAGUUGGCAUAGAGGGAUAAAAUCAUGGCUAUGAACAAGGUUAAUCCAAGUUUGAUUAGCAGCUGAUAAAGCUUGUGGAACUGGUGUGGGGAGGAGAGGAAUGACAAGGCUGUUGCCUGCUUGCCUGUCUUCAGGGAGCCAUGUUGGGGGGGGGGGCACUAGGCAAGGGUUCCGUUGCCUGUGUCACUUGUAGAAAUAUGAGGUAGCACAGGAAGUCAGAGUGGUGGGUAGGCACGUCAGAGGGAGAAAAAGGGAAAGUGCCACAAUGGAGAUGGGGCAGUCCUCUCAUCAUUCUUCACACACAGUGGAUAGCUGGAUAGCUAGUACGCCUGGAGUGUUGGUGCUUAAAGUUUUGAUAUCCUCAAGGAUGAUGUCCCCGCUCAUGGUUCAAGCAACUGUUGCUCUAGUGAAAUUAAAUAGUCUUGUGGUUCUUGCCCCAUAGAGAAUGAAUGAAUGAGCCAAUUGAAUGCCCGGAGUAGGGGGCUCAAUAAUUAGAGAGAACAAGUGUAAAACAAAAAUGAAAAAUGUCAGUAGUUUCUUUUUUUAACUCUAUAUUCCAGAUGAUCAUGUCUGUAUCAGUUACACUUUGAUUUCUUACAAAAAGAUUUCUGAACAUUUUACAUGACAAUGUUCAGAUUUUGUGAGGAAGCUGCAAGCUGUCCUUUUCCUGUUAUUAUGCCUGGAAAGUUUUGCCUAGCCUAAUUUGAUACUCUUUCAAAUUUUUGACCAGACGUUCUGUUUGCAAGUGAACUACAGUACAGCUAGCUUACAAAAUAAAAUUAAAUGUUUUUUUUUUUCAUUAUACUUCCCAGCUUUUCUUUGAAAUAGGAGUCAUUUCUCUUAAUUUCUCAGAACUCCAUUUAAAUAUCUGGUGUACACACCCCAAAUGGCCUACACAUUGAAUCAUGUCAGUGAGAGUUUACAGUCCCUGUUUUACAGUAGUCCAGCUUAUCAAAAAGAAAUCUCUGCUCUGACAUUUAAGCAUGAAGAUAACUAUCCAGAGUACAGUGACCACCAGAGACAUAGGUCAUAUUUUAUAAGCAGGCAGCCCUCGUUUGUAGUGGACGUAGCCACUGCCAGUUUGCACUGAAUAUUGUUACCAUUUUACAAUCAGCAACAUAGCAUAAGAGUCAAUGCCAGUUGCUGUGGAAAAGCAUGGAGCAGCUGACUUAAAGGUCCAAGGCUAAUUGUGAUAAAAAGUUUUAUUUCUGUUCACAGCAGCCCUUAGCACUUUUGUUUUGCUGACAUGUAAAUUUAAUAAUAUUUUAAUGGAAAAAUACAAAAAAAAGCAACGACAGCAGACCCUUAAAUUAAUUGUAAAGCAAGUUGAGAGCAGCUGCUUCUUCUCUAAAGUAAAAAAAAAAAAAAGUAUUGAGCCAGCAUGUAAAAUUCAUGUUAUUUGCUUCAGUAGUAGCUGGCCUUCUUUGCUAGUGCUUCAGUUUCACUAAAAAAAGGCAAGGAUGUUUUUGUGGUCCCUGUGCCACAUCUCUCAUCUUUACCCUUGUUGUUCAUAUUCUGCCCAUGUUUACAGAUAUACACAUUACUCAGCUCUACACAACCAGUGUUUUUUUUUAAUGUGUCAUGGAUAUUUAAGUUUAAGAGGUGUUGAUUCUCAAACAAGUUGUGUACCCUGUGCGUAAAACCAAAAGCAUUCAGUUGCUUCCUUCUUUGUGAAAACUAGGUCAUGCCAUAUUUAAAAUCAGCAUCAUCAGAUCUAAAUGCAAAAUAUAAAAACCAAUGCAUAGGGAUACAAGAUAAUGCAGGAACUGGUCGUGACUGAAAUAUACUGCAUUUUAAAUAGUAGCCAUCUGGUAUAGCUGUACCACUUGUCCUGACAUAAGGAAACAUUUCAAAUAACACACAUCUGAUUAUUUUUCUCUAUUAAGUUAUGGGACACAUGAAUGCUUGCAGAACAGUUUUUGGUACUCUGUAAUGAGAGGACAUUGCUCCUGACUUGGGUUCAUAGGGCUUACCUAGUUAACAGAUAUAUUAAAAAAGCAGAAACUAAAAUGUUUCUAGUUCUCUGAAGUGGUCCAAGCCUCUUGGCUGAGUACUUCCAGAUCCUAAUUUGCUACUUCAUACACCAGCUUUCUAAUCAGUGCAUGCAGAUGUGAUAAAACAAGGACUGUAGGGUGAAGGUUGUCAUAACUCUUCUUAAGGCUGCUUGCAGACUGUUGCAUUGAGGUAAACUUCUGUUAAAAUCUCCACAGGAUAAGUUUGGUUUCCUGCGUACAGCCUGGAAUAAUAAUUGUUCUUUGGGAGUGGAGGUGGAUCUCAUUUUUCCCAUGGAGGAAUUAACUUGUUAAUAAUACAGUCUUAAUGCCCAAUUAACAUACAUGAGGUGUAUGAUUAUUAUUUAUGGAACAGAAAGAGUUUAGAAUAUUGAUUUUCUGUUUGUUAAACUGAAGGAUGGAAUCUUGAUUUUCUGCUUGAUAGACUGAAGGUUUUGCUUUUUUUUUUUGUCUUUUCUACCUUUUUGGCUACUGGAUAGCUGGUAGCUGUCUGUCACUGUGUGCUGUUAACAGUGGUUAUUACACAGAAAAUUGUACCACUGGCUCAGUUAUUCCUAUGCUUAUACAUGCCUUAGAACUGUGCAACUCAAGUUUUCUAAGUAUUUGUGUAAAAGGAGCAAUCAACUUCUUGUACAUAGCUCUUUAAAACUUCAUUUUUAUAAGUGUAUUUUUUAUCAAAAUGUGAUUUGAUUUUUUUAAAAACUUGUAAAUGUAUUUAAUACUGGUUGUAAUGCACCAAAACUUGCAGAACAUCAAGCAAUAGAUGUAACAUGAAGGGUUCUUAAGAUUCUUUGAACUGUCUUUUUUGUGAAUUUUUUAACAAUCCGGCAUGGAAUUCUUUAAAUAAAACAAUGGUUGUUUUCCUUUUACAAUUGCA